AUGGGACUGCCUCAUGAAACUGUGAAAUCUCGAAAUAUACAAAAUACAAUCAUGGAAAGAGCACUCUUAUUAUACCAUGAUCGUAAGAAAGAUAUUAAGAAAGACAUAGAAUGGCUUAAGAACUUGAAAGUUAAAAGCGUUAAACAUAUAAAAGCAACUUAUAAAUUAGCAAAUUAUAAUCCUCAAACAAAAUCUAUUUUUUCUUGUAUUAAAGAUGGAAUUCUUUACGUGACACGAGAUUCAGAAUUUCUUGAUAUUUCGCAGCAUUUAGCCAGGAAUAUCUACCUUUCCAACAAACUGGAAAAUGUUUUACAUAUCUUCGCAAUUUUAAGUACACCUUUGUCAACGUUGUCAAAGAUAUUUCCAGUUGAUUGUAUGCCCGACUUACCUAAUUUACGACGCAGUGUCAUUGUAGAGUCUGACGAAGAUGAGGCUCCUAACGAACAACCCGACAGCGAUGAUAAAUUCGUUUCCAGCAUACAAGUUCCCUUUGCAACACCCGAAAAUCUGCGUAAUGUUUUACACGAUGCCAUGAAUGCUUGUCGUUCUAACUCGAGAGGCCGUAUUGGGAAAAACAAAUAUAUUAUUCUAAACCGCUGCGUUAUUAUACCUGAAAAUUUAUUGCGCGAAGCUAGAACUUAUAAAGGGAUUAAGGUCUACAAUACACAAUCGACGAAUUUAUUUCAUACAUAUAGUGAUCAGUUGACUCGUUUUGUGAAUAUCCUAAUAAGGCUUGCUGAAGUAGUUCAACUCAAGCUCGAAGAUAUUCAUGUCUAUUAUUAUGAUGAUUCAAGUAAAGUUGCAUUUAAUAAGGACAAAGCAUUGUAUUUCAAUUUUAAAUCUUACCUCGAAUUGCAUGAUGAUGAGUGUAAAUUUGGAAAUAUAUGUAAUGCCAUGUCCUAUUGGUUCAUAAUGGUUUGUCACGAACUAGCGCAUAACUUUGCUCUUGAACAUAAUGCCACUCACGAAUAUAUCGAGAUAUUGAAAAAUCGACCAACUUUGUAA